AUGGUUUCCCACACGCGAUCCCGGAGCAAAGGCUCGUUCUCUAUAUUCUCCUUUGACACUAUCCGAUCUUUCAGUCGUGCUGGUUCUCGACAAGCGUCCCGGAUCCCGUCAAAGGACGAACUGCGCGAUCGAACAGAAUCUAGUCUCUCUCAUCGAUGUGACCCCAAUAAUCAACCACUAGCCUCACCCGAACCGACUCCCCCAAGCCACAUUGUGCAGAAAUGCGUCGAGUCGGCGUCAAAAUCAACACAAGGACCGGGCAAUCGUGAUGAAAGUGAACCAUCUCAGGGAGAAAUAGAGCCAGCUGAAUUCCAUAGCACACGUCGCCGAGCACAUCGGCUGCGUCCCAAGUCAUGGCUGCCCUUUUCCCGUUUAUCCUCCCAAAGUCCAUAUCCUCGCAGUGUGUCCACUCAACUGCCAAAGACCGCUAGUACUUCCACGGUUGCUCGAAGUGUCAUCUCUGCUCCCGUGCUCACUAGUACCACCAACGUCUCCGUGGCUCGUGCUGAAAGAGUCCAUUGUGGAGAAAUGUCUGACGCGACUUUCGCUCAAUCCACAUGGAACUCGCAAAUUGGCUGGGUUGCAAGCAACGACCAGGCCGCUGGAGAAUCGCCCCGUGACAGAAGCAGUGAGGCAUUGGCCUCUCACGGACCUCUUGGUGAAGGACGUGGUCAGCCCACCAAUCUGACAGCGUUGAAAAGAGGUCGAAUUCUGCGGUUGAGGAACGCCUUCAGGGGUAAGAUCCGGAAUGGAACUUUACGUCCACAAGACACAACUGCACAAUCAAAGCGAGAGCGAGAGACAUCUGGAGACGUAGAAGGAAAUGAAGGCCCGGCCUCGAGCAGAGAUUUAUCACAUCGUCGCGCAGAGACUUUGAACCUCUGCAGAGGCAAGAUCAAAGGACUGACAGGCAGUGACCACAUACGGCGCAAGUGUGUGAACACCACCAAAGGUGCAACAGAGCUAACAGGAGACUCGCCUCUUCUCGGCGACGACAUCAUUGACGUUCCCACGACAGAUCUGGCUACCGAAAGCAGCGACAAUGAGUCGGCCUUUGGAUCACUCACCCGAUCAUUUGCCAGCGCGGUUGACAGACUUGACCUUUACUCGAAUCUGCCACACAACAUACCCUUCCUCAGGUCAAGGUCGUCCUUCUUCAAUCCCAAGAAGAGGGAGAAGAGUGGCGGCGAUCGAGAUGAGGUGAGACGGCAAUUCCCUCCCAUUUCGCCUUCCAAGCCCGCGCCUCCUGUCGCUCAGUCGAUAGUUGCGUCGUCUCGAACAGAUCUCUCAAGGAAUUUCGCCCCUGCAAGCAAUCCCCAAAAGCUACACCCAGCACCGCGCCCUGUCGGACCACCUAUUUCGGAGGCACAAGACUUCAAACCCAACCAGGAGGACCUUGCUUCUCGACAACCUCCUGUUGCUCCAUUGGUGUUCUUGGCCGAAAAGAAUUCCUAUGUGCCCGCAGCGCCGGUAGCUGGAUAUCCAAGAGGCGUCAAUCCAUUGCAUAUGCAUCCGCCUGGAGCUAUGGCUGUUGCGCCCUCAGGCCCGUAUCAAGCAGCACAGGCGCUGCCAGUUGAUCGUGGUGCUCUUUGUAAUUCCCCACGACGGUACACAACGACUCCCAACAGCGGUCGUGAAGAUUCGGACACGGGUUCACUCGAAGACGCUCCGAUCUAUUCUCCUUCCCUAGGAGACCUUAGCCAGUAUGCCCGAGACACGCCCCGAUCAACAAAAGCCGUCCCCAACGAAGCUAGCAGAGAACAGAUUGAGAACGCAGCCCCCAUGCCAAACCCGGUCAAGGACGAUCUUCCGGCCAAAGGACAAUCUGGUCCAUUGAAGAAGAGCGGGAGUGGCUUUGGAUUGUUCUCGAGAUCUAAGCACGAAAAUACCUCACCAAUGGCAAACGGUAAUGGAGCUCAGGGCGAACCACCAUUGUACCAACGUGAUGCCAAUCAGCAGGGCAAUACUCCCAGCAGCACAGGAAAGAUGGUGAAGAAAAGUAAGAGUCUGCAUUUUGGAGGACUUUUUAAGAGGAAGGAUCCAUCUGAUCUAGUGCCCGCGAUGGGAUCGUCGCCGUUCCAGCCAGCGACUCCGUCACCGCUUCGAAAGGUGAUGCGCUAUGGCAGUCAAUCGACCAAAGGUGGUGACAAUUCUCCUACAACACAGUCGGCGAAGAAAUAA